UUUUUUUUAAAAAAAAAAGGGGGGUAGUAUACUAUGUAACAUUGAUAAUAAUGAUAAUAACAAUAACAAUAGCUAAAUCUAUAAAAAUAUUGAUCACGUAUUAUAAUAAAAAGCAUUCUUAAGAUAUCAUUACAACAAUUUCUACAAUAUAAAAUAUAAAAUGUAUGGAAGAGUACACAAGCAAACAACGACUUUGCCUCGUGUUGAUGUCAUCCGUUAGAGUAUUGCCCACCCUUACUCUUUAUCUGUUAAGACUGUCGAUGAGGCUAUGGCCUUCUCUAAUACUUAUGCCCCUGAGCAUCUUAUCAUCCAUCUUGAAAAUGCCGCCAAGGUCAUCCCAUUGGUUGAUAACGCUGUUAGUGCCUUUGUUGGUCCUUACUCCCCUAAAAGUUUCGGUGAUUAUGCUUCAGGUACUAGCCAUACUUUACCUACCCGUGGUUAUGCUCGUAUGUACUCUGAUGUCAACACCAAUGGUUUCCUUAAGCAUAUUACCUCUCAGGAAUGUACUGCUGAUGGCAUGAAUAACCUUGCUGAAAUUGAAGGUUUGGAUGCUCACAGAAACGCUGUUGCUGUCCGUGUUGUUAUCCGUGUUGCUGAUAUCAGGAAGUAAAGAAUGCAUAUGAAAUUGAAUGAAAAAAAGGAUGGAUG